AUGAUCUGGUUUUGUUGCAGGAGGAGCAGCAGAUGGAACAGGUGCAGGAGAUGGUGGAGGUGCAGAAGGAGCAGUAGCAGGAGGAGUAGAAGCAGAUGGAACAGUGCAGGAGGAGCAGCAGAUGGAACAGGUGCAGGAGGAGCAGCCGAUGGAACAGGUGCAGGAGAUGGUGGAGGUGCAGAAGGAGCAGUAGCAGGAGGAGUAGAAGCAGAUGGAACAGGUGCAGGAGGAGCAGCAGAUGGAACAGGUGCAGGAGGAGUAGAAGCAGAUGGAACAGGUGCAGGAGGAGCAGCAGAUGGAACAGGUGCAGGAGGAGUAGAAGCAGAUGGAACAGGUGCAGGAGGAGUAGAAGCAGAUGGAACAGGUGCAGGAGGAGCAGCAGAUGGAACAGGUGCAGGAGAUGGUGGAGGUGCAGAAGGAGCAGUAGCAGGAGGAGUAGAAGCAGAUGGAACAGGUGCAGGAGGAGCAGCAGAUGGAACAGGUGCAGGAGGAGCAGCCGAUGGAACAGGUGCAGGAGAUGGUGGAGGUGCAGAAGGAGCAGUAGCAGGAGGAGUAGAAGCAGAUGGAAAAGGUGCAGGAGGAGCAGCAGAUGGAACAGGUGCAGGAGGAGUAGAAGCAGAUGGAACAGGUGCAGGAGGAGCAGCAGAUGGAACAGGUGCAGGAGGAGCAGCAGAUGGAACAGGUGCAGGAGGUGCAGAGGCAGGAGAAGUAGUAGAUGGAGAAUAA